AUGGCGUCGUUUUCUCUUGCCUCCAAGCUCCCCUUACUACGCUCCGACCAUCCGGACGACUUACUCGGAAGUCAGCCGUUUUCUGCUGCUGUGAAGGCAGUUUAUAGUGGUCCUUCUUCCAAGCUCUUCAACUUGAACUGCCAGGUCAACAUUCAUUCUUUCACAUCUUACCGCGACGCGCGAUUCUCCGCGAGCAAUGUUCCACGCGCCACCGCAGAGAUAGUGGUGGAUAGCGCGACAGAAAAGGGGGAAGGGAGUGGGGGGAGGCUUCUCAGAGUUGGACUGGUAUGCGGCGGUCCAUCUGCAGAGCGUGGGAUUUCUCUCAACUCUGUUAGAUCAGUUCUAGAUCACAUACAUGGAGAUGAUCUGCAAGUGAAUUGCUACUACAUUGACCGUGACCUCAAUGCGUUUGCUGUAGCCCCUGCCCAGGUAUACUCAAACACACCAGCCAAUUUCGACUUUAACCUUGAAUGCCUUGCCCAUCGUUUUCUGUCUCUGUCUAAAUUCGUAGAGCACCUUGCUGCAGCUGUUGACAUAGUAUUCCCAGUUAUUCAUGGUCAGUUUGGCGAAGAUGGUGGCAUACAGGAAUUGCUGGAGAAAUACAAUAUUCCUUGUGUGGCUACAGGAUCAAGUGAGUGUCGUCGUACAUUCGACAAGUAUGAAGCCUCCUUGGAACUUAGAAAACAAGGGUUUGUUACGGUACCAAACAUUUUAGUUCAGGGAAGUGAACCCAACGAAUCUGAAGUAGCUAAAUGGUUCACAAGCAACCAGCUUGACACCAAAUCAGGGAAAGUAGUGGUGAAGCCAGUCAGAGCAGGAUCAAGCAUUGGUGUUACAGUUGCUUAUGGCGUUGUCGACGCAUUGCAGAAGGCUAAGGAUAUAAAAUUAGAGGUAGCUUAUCACACUCCCCCUCGUUUUCCCAUUGAGGUAACAAGAACUAUCCGUGAGGGAGCAUCUUGGCUUUUUAGACAACUUGGCCUUCGUGAUUUUGCUCGAAUUGAUGGUUGGUUUCUGCCAUCAUCUACAAACUCGUUCUUUGGCACAACAGAUGGGAAUUUUGGAAGGUCUGAUAUGGGAACAGUACUGUUUACAGAGAUAAAUCUGUGGAAUGGAGCAGACAAGCUUCUUAUUUCAUCAAGCUUCAAAGAGCGUCAAGUGUCUGUCAUAAGUGGAACAAACGAUUGCCUUAACUUGCAAGGCUUUGAUGAUCUUGAAGUUAUUCCUUGCCUCCUUGCACCCUCAGAUGGCCGGUCUUCUAAUGCUGGAUCACGGACAGUUUGGUCAUUGUCUUAUUCUCUUGUCCUGAGACACACCGUAGAAGAGGUUCUUGAUGCUUGCACUGAAGCAACUGACCCAUCUAGGGCUUCAUUAACAUCUCAGUUGCGCAAGCAAGUGAUGGGUGAUUUGAUGGAAGGACUUGAGAAGCACCGCUGGUUUAAUGGGUUUGAUAUUACUGAUGAAAAACCUGUAAAGUUCUCUCUUCAGGAGUGGAUUAAGCAUGCCAAAGAAGUGCAAGCAACGGUAAUCCUUACAGUUCACGGAGACAUUGGUGAAGAUGGUACACUUCAAUCCUUGCUGCAAGCAGAAGGAAUUCCAUAUACAGGUCCUGGGAUACUGGCAUCAAAGAUUUGUAUGGAUAAAGUGGCUACAUCUUUGGCUGUUAGUCAUCUUUCCGAUUUUGGAGUUCUCACCAUAAACAAAGACGUGAGAACAAAAGAAGAAUUACUGAAGAAUCCCUCAUUGAAGAUUUGGAAUCAGCUGACCUCAAAGCUUCAGUGUGGAACAUUGUGUGUCAAACCAACAAGAGAUGGAUGCUCAAAUGGCGUAGCAAGAAUCCAUUGUUCCGAGGACCUUGCAGUUUAUGUAGCAGCAUUGGAAGAAUGUCUCCCACGGAUUCCACCCAACAGUUUUUCAAAGGCACACAGACCGAUUGAAAUGCCAAAUCCUCCUCCAAAGAAGUUGAUCUUUGAGCCAUUUAUCGAGACGGAUGAAAUCAUUGUCUCUUCUAAGUCCGCAGACGGGCUAUUGUGGGAAGGAGAGAGCCGAUGGGUGGAAAUAACAGUUGGUGUAGUGGGGAAACGUGGUUGCAUGCAGUCACUUUCUCCGAGCAUUACUGUCAAGGAAGGUGGUGAUAUUUUAUCACUGGAAGAGAAGUUUCAGGGUGGAACCGACAUUAAUCUUACUCCUCCACCACCAUCGAUUGUCAGUGAGGAAGCAUUGGAGAAAAGUAAGCAGCGCAUUGAGCUGGUAGCAAACACACUGGAGUUGGAGGGGUUUUCCAGAAUUGAUGCCUUUCUUAACGUUGACAGUGGAGAGGUGUUGGUUAUAGAGGUGAACACUAUACCUGGAAUGACUCAUUCCACUGUAUUGAUUCAUCAGGCAUUGGCAGAGCAGCCUCCGGUGUACCCUCAUCUGUUCUUCCGUAGGUUGCUCGAUUUGGCAUCCGAUAGAACCAUUUAG